GCGGCGCGGCCGGGCGCGGGCGGGGCUUCCUCGAUCCCGUGAUGCUCCGCGCCACGCUCGGGCGCUUCCGGCCGUGGCCUCGCUCUUCCGGUCGCGGGCAGCCGGGGCGCAGAGGGCGGUCGCGGCGGUCGCGGCGGGCGGCUUCUCCAGAAUGUUGGCUACCAGGGCACUUAGCCUCAUUGGCAAGCGAGCCAUUUCCACCUCAGUGUGUGUGCGAGCACAUGGGAGUGUGGUGAAGAGUGAGGACUAUGCUCUCCCCAUCUAUGUGGACCGUCGAGACUACCCCUUGCCCGACAUAGCCCAUGUCAGGCAGCUGUCGGCCAGCCAGAAGGCUCUGAAGGAGAAGGAAAAGGCACCCUGGACCGGUCUGAGCAAGGAUGAGAAAGUCGAGUUGUAUCGCAUUCGCUUCAACGAGUCCUUUGCUGAGAUGAACCAAGGCACCAACGAGUGGAAGACGGUUGUGGGCAUGGCCCUGUUCUUCAUUGGCUUCACUGCGAUAGUUCUGGUCUGGGAGAAGCGCUUUGUGUAUGGCCCUGUCCCGCACACCUUCGAUGAAGACUGGGUGGCCAUGCAGACUAAGAGGAUGCUGGACAUGAAGGUCAGCCCCAUCCAGGGCUUCUCCUCCCACUGGGACUACGAGAAGAACGAGUGGAAGAAGUGAGGCCCGCCGUCCAGGGGUGCCACCUCCUGCAGCAGCCAGCGUGUCCACCGGAGCCUGGUGCCCCAGUCCUGAUGCUAAUAAACCACCGUUUACGAGGAA